AUGCAGGUUGGCCACUCCAUUGAAGCCGGGGUCGCCUUUGUUCGCAACUUCGAGUUACUUAAGACGAAAACUAACCUUCCGGUGGAAGAAAUGCUGACUUCGGCCAUAGAUGCCCUUACUGCAAUUGACUUUCUCGCUCCCGAAUUCAUUGAAAAAUGUAUUGCCUUCUUAUCUGAGCUGCCACUUAUCUCAGAAGCUCAGAUGGUCCCUCUGCUGUUGACAAAAAGCCGUCAACAUCUGAUCUGUUUAAUUGGGCAUCCAUCAUCCGUCGUUCGAAACGCCGCUUACUCGAAGCUGUUUGAAAUCCUGAAGGUCAACGUCAGCGUCGACCAGGCCGCCAAUCCAAGUGGCCGAAGCCAUGAACGCCUGCUCUUUCUCCUCUCUCCUGAAGUUCUCGGAGAGCUCAUCGAAUUCGGAGUUCGAGACCCAAAUAUCAAGAUCGCUAUCGUGGCUCGCGAUUGCCUCCGCCUCCUGCUGGAUGGUCAUCAAUUGAUGAGCACCGAGAUGUGGCGUCUGUUUUGCCACACAAUCACUUCGGGUGCAUCUUCUCCCUCAGCCGCAGAGUACCUUCUGAAGGCCACUUGUUGGUCGCCUUUGCUGCCACUGACCAUCGGCAUCGCUCCAUUGGCAAAUCUUGAACCGGAAGAGGGCGCGUCGGCCGCCGACGUUAAAAACACUCGUUUUCUGGCCAGACGAGCCCUUGAUGUCUGUCUCGGUAUUGGCGGAUUUAAUCAACCUGUCCAACCGACGGACCCAUCCGCAGUGUUUCGCCUGCGGGCAGCCUCUGCCCUGGCUGCUCUUUUUGAUGCUCGCUUCAGCCUCCUAUUGCCGUCGGGUAGUCGGUUGGCUGACAGUGGAAGUGCCAACUCACGCUACUACAGCCAGCAGCCCGAGUACAGGGCUGCCCCACUGCCGUCCGCUGCC